AUGGCCCUGCGGCGGACAUUCGGCCCAGUGAUGCAGACGGCGACAGCCACGCCCUCCAGCGUAGCAGCAGGAUGGGCCUGUGCAUCUUCUCGGCAGAGCCGUCCGUAUUCCACGGCACAAAAGGAAGACAGUGCGAGUGCAGAGAUUGAUAACUUGUACGAGACGCUGGAACUACAGAAAGGUGCCAGCCCCGAAGAAAUCAAAGCGGCCUACAGGCGCUUAGCCAAGGAGUGUCAUCCCGACUCAGCGGGCCGCCGAGAUGCAGCUGCAGCUGAGCGGUUCCAGAAGAUCAACCACGCACACAACACGCUUCUGCAUGUGGGACUCCGACGAAUGUACGAUCUGCAGCUGAGGCGAAGAGAAGCCUUUGAGCGCUGCGAGCGCAUCGAGAAUGCGGAGUCGUGGCUCACCAAAGUACUGGCCGGACCAGCAGGUACGAUGCUCUUCGCUGCAUUUCUGGGUGUUGCUACUGCGACUGCUCUGAUGCUGGGUACAAUGGGCGGAGAGGCUUUCCUCAGAGCUUCGAACAGCCUCCUCUGGGAUGUGGCCAGGUAUCUUCCAGACUGGCUCCCAGGAAAGUGGCACAUCAUUUCCGCGAUCCGACGCCGCAGCGAGCCGGCUGACGGAUGA